AUGGACAAAGACCAAGAGGAACCAACAUCCAACAGCAGUCAGGGAAGCAAAAGCUCUCGAAGCUCACAGCAAGGUGCACCAAAUCCGUACAAAAAAGAUUUGUACCCGUACUCGCGUCCGGUUGGACACGAGCGGAACACUCGAGCGCCCAAGGCAUUCGAGAAGAAGGACUCACGAGGCUCUAAUAGCACGUAUCAGAAGGCGCUCGAGGCGGUCGCCAACCAGGAAAGUUCAAGUGACGACCAGAAGAACACUCCCGCGUCUGUGGCGGGAAGUGAUCCGAUGAACCAGAAAAAGGUCACCGGGGAGGAAAUGCCCACAGGGAAAGGAGUGGAACCAGUUGGAGCAUCACAGCUGGAUGCUACCAUUAGCGGAACAAACGAGCAGGAUAAAAACGUGAACCUGACUCGAAUGGAAAUGGAUAAGACAAAGGUCACAGAAAUGGAAUUGGCUGAACUGGGAUUGGAUGACCUUUCACUGCACGAUAAGACUGUCGGUGAUGACCUUUGGGCAACUCCGAUGGUCUCAGACGAAUCGAACGAGUCAUACUUUACGGAUGACGAAGCGACGAUGAAUAUGUCCUUCCAGACCGCGAUGAAAGAAGCUGAUCGUGCUGAAGGGAUGACACCGUUUAAGGACAUACCCGAGCACCUUAUUGAAAGGACACAAACGGGAAAGGUCAUCAACGUACGACCGCCGUCACCGAAUAGUCCCACGUCAACUCUGAAGAGGCGCGUGAAGGAUUUGGAAGAUGAACUCCACAAUAAGGAAGAUCAGACGGCGAGACGAAAACAGGAAUAUCAAGAGAGACUGACAUCGCUUGAGACCCGGCUAUUUGAGUUGGAACAACAACGGGGAUACUUGGAGAAUACAGCAGAAGAAUGGAAGGUGAAAUAUGAAAAGCAAAGGGAACUGGCCGAGGAGUAUCUGAAAAUGGUAGAUGACAGAGAAAUGGAAGGUCAUCUUGCAGUCAGUGACCUUAAUGAAAGCAUGUCAGAGGAAUCAGCAGAAAGGUCACGGCACUUGGCCGAAUUGAAGGACGAGUGUGACCAGUUGCGUCAAAAAGUCACUGAAGCUGAAACUAAACGGGACGAGUACGCGACCAAAUUCGCAGAGGUCACACAACGGUUGACAACAUUGGCAACGGAGACGUUCAAACUAAGGAAUGACCUGAAGCUACGGGAGGAGGCUGUCAGUACUCUGCAACUCGAAUCGAAAGGUCAUCAGGAACGGGCGGACGAAGCUGAGAAGUUGCGCAAUGAUGCAAUCAAAGCGAUGCGAGAGGCAAGAGACAUUACAGCUACUGAAGGAGAACGCCUGAAAGAAGAUAUCAAAAAGGUCAACCAGGAGAACGAAAAGGUCACAGAAGACAUUGAAAAGGUCACUAAGGAAGGACUCAAAUGGCAGAAGGAAGCACGGCGACUGGACACAAUGGUCACAACAUUGGAGUUGAAGGACAAAGAGUGGCAACAACAGGUCGCUCAAAAGAGUCAGGAAAUUGCAAAGCUGAACACUGACCUCGUCGAGAUGACCACCACAGCAUUGGCAAAAGAUGAUGAGUUGAUCGCGAUCAAGGAUCAGUUGAGAUCAGCCGCUGGGCAGUAUCAGCAACUCGAAAAUGAAACGAGUGAGCUGGUCGAGCACAUCAAAAAGAUGGAACGGGAAAAUGAAAAGGUCACCCAGCAGGAGUCUUUUAAACUGCAGGAACACUUACGAAAGGUCAACCUGGAAAAUUCUGAUCUAAAGAGAGAAAGAGAAGAACUUCAACUGAGAACUAAACGAUUGGAAGAUGAGAACAAGGCGCUCCAGACGUCUAACAAGCACAAAGAUGAACAACUCCUACAAUACGGAGUUAAAACGGCAACAGUGGAGUCCCCCCCGCCCAGUUACAGCAAGGCGCAUGAAACGGGCACGGGCAAAAGUUUCCACUUUGAAAUGCCACUACGAACCGGUACCGGUAAAGGAAGCGUAAAAGCAGAACGAGAAGGUGAAAAGGGCAAAGAAGACAAAGAGCCACCUUCGGAAAGUUACCCGCAUAUGAGCCGAGGUGACCCUUCACAAUUUCCUCCGCACAUCGAAACAAAUGUGUUCAUCGAUGAAGGACGACGGGACAGACCCCCCAGCCGGCAGGAACGUCCAAGGAAAUCCCGUUAUGGAAAGACGAGACGAAAUCAAAGUGAUGACGGAAGUAGCGAAGAAGAUGAUGACCAAAGAGCAGAAAAUACAGCGGUGCAAUUGACAAAAGCACUCAACUCGAUGGCCAGGAAAACACCACUCAUGACCUUUGACGGCAGUCGUGACACAGAGUGA